AUGAGUAAUUUAAGAGUUUAUAAAUCUAUCUUAGACAAUUAUCUUUACACACUUAAUAAUGUGUGAAAAUUUAAGCUAGAAGAAGUAAGCAGUAAAGGAAGAAAAAAUGGAAAAGUAUAGAAAUUUAAUACUUGGAAAUCUGAAAAAUGUAAAAUUUAAUCUUAUAAAAUUAUUAAGUCAUGAAUUUUGUUAAAAGUUAUACAUUAAAAAAGCAACUGAUAAUCAUAUUGAUUUUUAAUGCAUUAAUCAUCUCAUUACUGUAUUGCUUCAAAUACUAUUUUUAAUUUAUUGUGCUUUGGAUAUUUUAUGUAAGUUUAAUUCAAAACAUUUCAUUUAUAUCAAAUUGUCUAUUUAAAUGCAAAGACAGAUGAGCUGAAUAAAACUAUCUCAAUACUAUUUAGUUUCGCGGUAAAUAGCACACAUCAGUAAUCAGUAUCGACAACAGAUUCUCCUUGAAAAAAUGGCAUCAAGAAUCUGCAGGUUAAUUAGACCUGUAACAACUACCUUUGCUAGGAAAAAUGGUAAAAUUAGAGAUUUUAUUGUUUGUUUUAUAUGCCUAAUAUGUAUACUAGCCUAAUAAUAUUAUGUCGAAGAUCAGAAAUAAAGCUCCUUUGCUGUAAAUUGUCCGAUUUUGGACCCCCCAUUGCCCGUUGCCGUUACAAAUUUGGGUAAAAGUGCAGUUCAGGUGCGUAUAUUAUUUCUGUUUGAAUCUCUUAUUUUCCCGUGUAAACUUAUGGUAAUUCUUUAUAAAAAGUAUUUUAAAAUUUAUAUUUAUAUUCCAUCUUUUUAUUGGAAUACAACAACAAUUUUACAAAUUUUAUGAGAUAAAAAAGUACAUUUUUAUGAAUCUAUAGUGUUUUACGGAGCGAUUGUGGUAAAUCAAGGAUAACUCUUCUGUCUUUAAAAAUACUUUAUAAAGGGUGAGAUCCCGUUUCGGGGGAUAUGCAGAUCCCAGUAAUUAUGGGGAGCUCACAUACUUGACAUACGAACUCAGCUUACAAGCCACAUUGCAAUUGUUACGAUCGCCUUGGGAGAAAUUCCAGUUGUAUUAACGUUAUUUGUUGCCCCACAAGGUGCGCAUAUAAACCAAAUGCUGCACCAUUAAAAAUGCCUGUUGCAUCAACAAUUUUAGUUAUUGUUUCUUGGUCGUCCGCAAUUUUAAACAAAAUGAUCCUACAACCAGCAAUACCGCAAAUCCAAAACGAGUCCGUCUUAUAAUAUAAAAAAAAAAUAAUCACUAGCCCUCACUUUACUCAGCGCAAAUCAGUCACCAGUAAUAAGCGCAUUUGCAUACGAAAAAAGAGGAGGGGUACUCAAAUUAGAGCUGACCAAUCACGGACAGCGUAUUAGCAGCCUUCAGGGUGAGAUGACUAUCAAAAUGACCCCACGCUAUCAUUCCGAUUUCUCCCAUUUCUGCAACGUCACAAGUAUUUAUUUUUUUAAGUGGACACGUGAUCACACAUUGGCACGUAUUCGUGCCCCCCCCCCCCUUUUUCUUGUUUCAGCUUCACACCAGGUCCAGGACAAUGAUGACAUGUGUGUCCACUGCCUUAGUCAGUGAUCCACUUCUAAUUCCCCCCCCCCCCACCCGACUUCAAAGGACAACCCCUAUAUUCCGAGCUCUCUGAGAGGGAAAAAAAAAGAAGGGUGGGGGGGCUUGUGCGUAAUGAAAAAUCUAGUAUUUCAUUCUUUUUUGUGAACAUGCUUAGUUUGAAAAUUUUGUUUAGCAUACUAACUUAUAGAUGGCUAAAAAUCUGGCAUAGCGUAAAAGUAAAAAUAAAACAAAUGGGGCUGUGUCACUUUGGUUGGGGGAUGUUUAAAGACUCCUUAGAAGUAAAAUACAAAGAAAAGAUGCGACUUAUAAUUCAGAAUUAGUUGACUAUAACUGCCUGGAUUUAAUUAUUAAAGAAUACACGUAAGUUUACAUGAUAAAAAAAAUUUAAAAUACGAAAUGCGUUAAGAAAUAAUAUACGCACCUGAACUGCACUUUUACCCAAAUUUGGGUAUUGUCACUCCAGGCUCCAGGGGCGUGGAGUCACAAUUGACACAAUCUUGAAUCUAGGUAGCCUCAUUAUUAUUAUUAUAAUACAUUGUCAUCGUCACAAAUUUGUGACCUCCUCUCCCUUGAAGUCAUUUAAAAAUGUUAUACAUUUUUUUCAGGCUUAAAUACUUUGUCUGGUCUUCAACAGAAUCAGAAUUUUCUUAAAAGGCAAAGCUCUACAACUGGAACAACAAAGCAGCGUAAGUUACAAUUGCAAGCAUAUGAAUUUUAAAAUAAUUUUUUGUUAGCAUAAAAUAUGCUAUAUUUACAAUUUGGAUUACAUUUUAAACACGAAGGCAGGGCUGGUUUUGAGUUAGUGGUAAGGCCGACGAUGUGUUCCACAGUAUAUAGGUCUCGGAUGUUCCCCCAGGUCCAUUUCGGUCUAUAGCGGCAUCUACAGUGCCAUACUAAAAAGAUUUCGAUGUUUGUAUUUACAUAAUGCAAGUUAUUGUUUUCUUAUUUUAUAUUUCUUGUUAAAUUGUGGAAGGGGUCUCCCCUCCCCAGAGAAUUUCUAUGUUUCUUAUUUUGGUAUUUAAAGCUUGGGGAGGGGAGACCCCUCCCCAGUUCCAAGAAGAUCAUUCCAAAUGCAAUUUAAGCAGUUUUGUUUCCUUCUGUUACCUAAGUUUCAACAUACGGGUAUUUUGAUUUCAACUAAUCAAAAUACAGCAAUUUUUGCAGGCGUCUUUUUUUUCACCGAUGUUGGGUAUCAGCAACUGUGGGUUUCUCUUUUCCUCUCUUUUGAAACGUGUAACUUAAAUUUUAAUACAAAUUAAUGGAAAAUUUCAUUUCAAUAUAAUUCAUAUUAACCGUAUCGUUUAUGACGCAAGUAAUGCUCAGUAAAGAACAGGAAUGUUAUAACACACAUGUUUCGGUUCCUUCAAAGAAUAGAUAUAUUCACCCUAAGUCCAUUGUUGGGAUUCCUCAAUGUGACGUCACUGCGCUUAGGGUGAGAAAACUCUUGGCAAAACCCAUACCGUUAACUCAAAAUUUACCACACUAAGAAACAAAUUUUAUUUUACUUUUUUCUUUAAAAACUAAAAUCUGAUCACUGAUAGUGAUUAUUACUUCCUAAAAAAAUUUAAAUAUGGUAAACGCUUAAAUUUUUAAAUAAUUAAAAAAUGAAUGAGGUUAUGGUCAGUAUGAGUAUGGCCAAAGUAUGAAUAUGGUUAUGGAAUAAUUAACUGCAUGUUCAUAUAUUUCAGCCACAGUUGCUACUCGUAACCCUCUUAUAAGGAAAAGUCUGACUGAUUUUGGAGCAUAUGUAGCAGAAUGCUUGCCUAAAUAUGUGCAGAAAGUGCAUGUACUUUUUCAUGAUGAAUUGGAGGUGGGACUUAAAUAAAACUUGUAAUAGUAGAAUUUUAAACUGAAUUGAGUUUUAAUUUUCAAUUUUAAAUUACAUUGGAGGGUAUAAAUUUAAGGAGGGUUAUUAUUUAUGGACUUAAGUUUAAGGUACCAGGUAUAUAUAAAAGUGUUUGUAAAUUUGUAAUAUUUUUAAUUCUGUCAGAUAAUGAUUCAUCCUGAUGGGAUAGUACCAGUUUUAUUUUUUCUAAAAGAACACACAAAUGCUCAGUUUAUGAACAUUGUUGAUAUUGCUGGAGUGGAUAAGCCUACUCUUGAAAAUAGAUUUGAAGUAAGUAAUAUUUUAACAAUAGUUUGUGAAAACACCUCUCUCGUGUAUUUUUGAUUAUAUGCUCUUUGAAUUCAGAGAUAGAAAAAUGUAACUCUGAUUUCCAUGUAUUUGUUUGUGCUCAGAGUAUUUGCCUUGCUUAUAAACAUAGAAGAGAUCAUACAAAUGUCAUGGAAAACAAGAAGACUAUUAUUUGAAAAAUUGAUGUAUUGACUUGGUCAAUUUGUGACAAUAUAAUGUUUGAAGAAAUAUAUAUCGACAGCAUACUUGCAUCUGUCAUCUAGCUAGUUUCAUAUCUUAUGCAAUACAGUAAAGUCAUUAACUGUCAGUCAAAGUUUAUGUUACAUAGCUGGUUUCUGUUACACCUUGUAUAUCCAAUGUACCUUGUAUAUCCAACCAUCCUCAGAUUGUAUACAUGUUGCAGUCCCUUCAGUUUAACUCUCGUAUUCGUAUCAAAACUUACACUGAUGAGUUAACGCCUAUUGAGUCUGCUUGCUCCGUGUUUCCUGGAGCAAACUGGUAUGAAAGAGAGGUUUGUAAUGACUUUUUAUUUUAGUAAUUAACAAAAAUUUACAGAAGGGAGACUAAAUUCAUUAUGUAAGUGAAGGAAUUUAUGGAAAAGAAUUUCACAAGCAGAAACUUUAAAAAAUGUGUUCAAUUUGGCUUAGAUUUUUACAAAUUUUCAUUGUGGAUAUUAAAAUAAUUAACAUGAGGUAUAAAUAAACAAAGGCACAAAGAAUGAUUGAAAGCAAUCUUUGAAUAAUGUAACAAAGAAUGAUUGGAAGCAAUUGUUCUACUUGGUAUAAAUUGUUUAUUCUUUUUUAGAUCUGGGACAUGUUUGGAGUGUUCUUUGCUAAUCACCCUGACCUUAGACGGAUUCUUACAGACUAUGGCUUUGAAGGUCAUCCAUUUAGGAAAGAUUUUCCUCUCUCAGGAUAUGUUGAAGUAAAUAUAAAAUAAAUAAAUGAAGCUAAAGCUAAUUAGGAUUUAAGACAGUUGUAGCAUGACUCCCCAAAACUCAUAUAUUCAUUUGUACAUGAAUUUUUUUUGUUCAAAGUUAGUGAAAAUAAUGAGAAAUAAUGUCCACUUUAUUAGCUGACUGCAUGGUAUGUGUCUCGGGUGCAUUUCAUGUCAAGGGUUGUUAAUAUAUUAUAAUUUUAAAACCCCAAUGAACGCCACCUCACUAUUAAUUCAAUCUGAUUUUAUGGACCCCAUAUUUCCUCUUUAUUUUCAUUGUGAUUUUUCAAAAAGUUAAUAGUGGACUCAUACAAUUCCACCAUUCAUUAAUAUAUAUAUAUUUAUUGAAAAAACCCUUUAAUAUUAUUUUGAAGUUUUUUUCCAUGCCUUGUCUUUGUUUUUACAGGUGCGCUAUGAUGAUGAGGUCAAGAGAGUAGUUGUAGAGCCAUUGGAAUUAACCCAGGAGUUCCGUAAAUUUGAAGCCAACACACCAUGGGAAACGUUCCCUGCUCACAGAUUAUCAGAAGGGAAUGAAAAGCCAACCGCUAAGCCAGAGGAGAAGAAAUAGACUUGAGCAAAAAUUGACUUUGCCAGCUGUAUCUAAUAAUACAGUCUGAGAAUUUUAGAAUAGUAAAUGAGAUAAUAUCGCCUUUCUUAAGUGUAUGAUUAUUUUAUUUCUUAGACUACAUUGAAAUUUAAACAAUUUAUUCUGUUACCACAGCUCUAUGAUGAGGAACAUGUUUGAAAGUAAUUUGGUAUGCUGAAAACUGGGGAUAAAAUAUUUGUGUAUGUGGUUCUAGAUUUACAUUUCUGUUAAAUCUUUUAGAUGAUGGCAUAUGUAAAUAUGAAUUUUGAAAUGAUCAGAAAUUAAAUUUUUGUUGACAAAUUAAAGUGCUCAUUACCAUUAUUUUUUGUGGGGGGGGUUGUGAUGUAUAGUGAAAAACUUGACGUCACCUUCAGUUCGUAGAACUCACAAGUUUCUAACUUGGUGAAAACAUUUUUGUUGCAGAUAUAUUUUUAAUGCUGCGAGUUGCAAAUGGAUUUAUCUUUUCUCAUUACAACUUUUGAUGUUUUAUGUAAAAUAAUACUAUUACAGAGUACCGGUAUUCUAAUACAGAGCAUUAAAAAAUUUGGAAUGAUAUAAGUAAAAUAAUUAUUUUAAAUUCAUUACCGGUAACAAAAUUUGAUUUGAUAAAUAUGACGAGAAAUAUUUUAUUAAAUUAAAAUUAAAAAAAAAAAAAUAAUAAUGUUAAAAUAUAUAUUUUAGAAGUAUAAAAUGAGUAAAACAGAGUAGGGUUAAACCUGAAAAAAGAAACGCAACAACGAACGUGUCGGCAGAAAGACUUCAUCAGUAAACAAAACAACAGAAAAAAACGGUAUAAAAAUAAAAAUAAGAAAUAUCACUUAGCUUGGACGUAGUAUCCGUGGGAAGCAAAAGAAAUGUGACAGAAAAUAAGUGAGGGAGGGAUUAAAUAGGGAAAAGCGAAAGAAAAGAGGAGCAAAAAGUCAACUGCGAUAGGUCAGGACGUGGAGGGGCGGAGUAAGGGACAAGCUGUGAAAAGAGACAUGAUUGGCGUCAAAGUACAAUAAGUGAGGAUAAGCCUGAUUGCUUCCAAUCAUUCUCUGAUGACAUUGCAUACCACUAAGUACUAAGUUCUUGUUUUUGGUAAAAAAUGGCAGCUAAUCCUAUUCCUUCCUUCAAUGAAAUGUAAUGCUUGUUCCGGGCUGAAGCACAUUCUUUUCCUAAAUUCUGAAGGCAAGCUUUAGUCGACUGGAGCCGAGGAUCCUUACAAAUUUUGCUACAAUUUGAGGAGUCCAUAUACAUGGUUUAUUUUUAGCUCCUCAUAAGAGCGCUUUCUGUUUCUAAAAAAAAAAUUACAUUGAGAUCUUCAAA